CCAGGACGGACUCCAGAAGCUCCAAAGUCCGCGUCCGUCGUAGGGGAAGUGGAUCGCGCGCUGGCAGUUGGUGUCUCGGCAGUUCGCGAUUUCCCGCGUUCCCUUCGUCCGUUUGAACGGCUCUCCGCGAAUCUUCGCAGCGAUCUUCGUCGCUUCGCGUCGUACAUCUCUCGCUUAUACUCACGCUCCACCUCGUCUCUCGUCUCGCCGAUCGCUCGCGAGUGCAUCGAUCACGUGCACGAUUUUGGGAUUGCAACGUGCCCGCGUACGUUACAGUGAGACGGCAAAUCAUUCGUGUUUGUCGGUGUGCUAUGGGGAACUAGGAACGCCUGCAAGGAAGCGAGACGCAUGACAGACGAUACCGGGCGGGCGUUAUCAGCAGGUGAGGGCUCAGUAGCUUUGGGCGACGCGAACGAGAGAUGUCGGGUGCCGCUGGCACGGAGAACCCAGCGUUCGCCGACGAUAAAGAGUGCAACACCAAGCUGGAGAACGGCGGCCAGCAGCAAGUGACCGGGGAGCAGGACCACAAGACCUCCUCGUCGGCGGCGGACAGCGCGCCGACGGAGAAUGGCCACCAGCGGUCCUUCGUCUCCCAGCACUAUGUAGAGCCGAUGAAGCCGAGCUCGGAGCCGUGCUACAAGACGGAGACGAGAAUCGAACUGCCGGCCGACAAUACGGAGAAGAGCUCGCCGGAGCCGAAGCUCAACGGUGUCCAUGGGAACGGCAACAACAACGACGCCAGCUUCCUCAACAACAGCGCCACAAGCGUGCAGGUGAACGAGUCCGGGAAAAAGGAGCAGAUCGAGGCCGUAAACCUGGAACUAGUCUCGAUGAGGCCGUACUCGGCCAGCAAUAUCCAAACGAAAGGUCAGGAAGCCUGCGAGGUACCAGCUGAUCCUUACGAGGAGUACUUCGUGCCGGUUAACGAGCAUCGAAAGUACAUCAGCAGGGAGCCCGAGGCCGAGGUUGAAACGACCGUGGCUGGAGUGCGUUUUGAUUUGGGCCCCGGCGUCGGCCGCGAAGGACUCAGUCUGAGAGACCCUGCCGCCGGACUGGUCGACUAUUCCCACUGGCUGACAGCCCUCAGGGGCGAGAAGCUCUACGUCACGAAGGACAAGAGGUCCCGGAACUCGUACUGGAGAAGGAUGGCCUGGGCUUGCGGGCUGCUGGUCCUGCUGAUCGCCGUCAUCAUCGCCAUUCUAGCCGCAACCGGCGUGAUUCUGACGCAAGAAGCUACGGAACCUUUGGAGACCUUACCGCAGGAGGCUGACGCUCAUCAGCUGGACGACGUGAAGACAGCGGGUAGGCAAGAAUUCGUGAAGAACCCACCGUCGAGUCCACCGCCUUUAACCUCGAGUUUUCCGCCGUGGCCGACAACUGAUGAAACGGAAUAUCAGAUUGUGCCGAACGCUUUGGACGGGAUUCUGCAAAUCGACUUGAAGUGGAACGAGGACUUGAGAGAUAGCAAGUCGCAGGCGUAUAGACUGUUGGUCGACGACAUAGAGCAGUACCUGAAGGGCAUGCUGCAACCGGCGGAGAGCGCGUCCGUAGUCAAAGUGUACGACAUGAACGAGCAAGGUGAGGUGAAGUUCAGAAUAAGUCGUCCGCCUUUGUCUACUCCUCAGGCGACCCAAGAAAGCAUCGAAACGGUAUUGCGGCAAAACGGCAACAUGAUCGGGCAACUUCAUUUGAGAAGGCUUCAAGUUGGAAAGCUUAUUGAUCAAUGCGAGAGCGGCAUCUUCGAGUGCGCCGAGAGCUGCAAAUUCGACUACGCCGCCGCUGCAUUCAUGUGCACCUGCGGCGCUGGGAAGAUGUUGGAUCAGGACAACAAGACUUGCGUGGACGACAACGAUUUGAGUAACGUCGAGAUGGACGACGUAAUACCACCAUCGAGCACGGAAUCCACGAGUGAUUUCGUUCAAGGUAGAAGCAGAGGACCCGGCACGGAACAAUUUGGACCGAGAUACUCCGAUAAUUGGGAACACACGGAAUUCAAGACAAAAUUGGCCGAGGCAGAUGCGCCCGCAACGACGACGAAGCAUAUUUUCGAGGAUAAUGAUCCUCAUUGGCAUCACGAACAUGUGCAUCAUUCAAUGGAAACAGGCUCCGAAGCGAAGCCUCCUGUCGAAGUAUUGCCUACCGCAGAGCCAACGCUACAUUCAUUUACCAUGUCUGCUGUUGAACCACAACUUGCCACAGAACCAGAGCCUUCCGUUAAAUCAGAGCCCUCUGCUGAACCAGAACCCUCUGCUGAACCAGAGCCCUCUGCUGAACCAGAACCCUCUGCUGAACCAGAACCUUCCACUGAACCAGAGCCUUCCGCUGAACCAAAACCCUCUGCUGAACCAGAGCCUUCCGCUGAACCAAAACCCUCUGCUGAACCAGAGCCUUCAGCUGAACCGGAACCCUCUGCUGAACCAGAGCCUACCACUGAACCAGAGCCUUCCGCUGAACCAGAGUCUUCCGCUGAACCAGAGCCUUCCACUGAACCAGAGCCCGCUGCAGAACCGGAACAAGCUGCUGAACCAGAGCCCACUGCGCAGUCGGUGCCAGCUGCUGAACCAGAACCGUCUAUCGAGCCAGAAGCUGCUGCUCAGCCAGAACCCACAGCUGAGCCAAAGCCCGAGCUUACUACAGAAUCGGAGCCCACUAGCGAGCCAGAACCUGCUAGUGAGCCAGAGACCACCAUGAUAUCCGAAUCAGACGCCACCACGAAACCAGAAAUCGGAUCUACUGCUGAGGUAGAAUCCGCCAUUGAUGGGCAACCCAUUGUAAAGCCAUUGACAGAAUCUGCAGAAUCUGCAACAACCUCCGACGAAAUAGACGCUGUAAAUAAUAAUAUAGAAACGACCACGGAAUUACCUCACAUGACAACGAUGCAAUCGCAUUUAGACACGGACGCUGAAAUAUCCAAUCUGCCAGAUUCCACUAUGAAGUCCAUGUCUCGCGAUGAUACGUACAUCGAACCACAGACGCAAGCGUCUAUUUUGGAUGACGCCAACGGCUCAACCGAUACACCUGCAAUCGUAAAGCCCGAUAAGAAUCAAACAGAUGACACAGAAUUGCAAGUGAUACCUUUAAUACGCAAUAAUGAAUCGACCGAUUAUGUCGAAGCUAAAGCGGAAUCGACGACAAUAGAAUAUUAUACUAAUAAGGACGACGAAAUUGCAACCACCGAGAUGAGUUUUACUACCUUGAAUUACGAAGGUCUGAAGGAGGGUAACGGCGGAAAUGAUAACCCAAUGAUAACCAAAGUUGAGGAUAACGAAAGACCAGGCGAAAACGCGGAACAAUUUACACAAAGUCCUAACCUUCAAGAGGACAAAGAAUUGAAUGCCAACACUGAGAGGAAUCUUGAUACGAGUGUAAAUAAUAUUCAAAAUGAAGGAUCUUCGACCCCUGAACGUAAUUUAAUGACUGAUCAACAAUCAUCGAGCACUACCUCGUAUGAUCCUGAGCAGAAUACUUUCACCACCGCCUCACUUACCACGCUGGUGAUGCCAACAGAAGACAGAACGGAAUCAGCUAUUAAAUCGACUCUCAGUGACACGUAUUACCAUACGAUAGAAAUCAAUGGCGUAAGUAACCCAGAUACAUACAACAGUCCGAAGGUAUACGAGACGACUGUGGUACCAGAAACUACUUCCACCGCCACGUCCAUUCAAUCAGAAAACGUGCCGCAAGCCGCUUCGUGGCCGCAAUCCGACACGCAAGAUUCGAACGAGAAGAACGUCAUCGAGCAUAUGCCGACGACGGUGUUCCCUAAGGUACCGAAGAACUUCGCUCACAACGUAGAGCCGCUCGUGGAACCCAUCGAGAAAUCAACGGACGACGAGCACAUCAUGAUGAUACCUCAGUCUGACGAGCCUGCGACGAACUCUCACGCGAUAAUUCCGCAACUCAUCCCCGAGCAGAGCAUGCCAGUCGCGAACGCAUCGGUCGUUGCGGAGGUUCCGUCGACGGAAGUCAACAACAGGGUGAUGGUGAAUGAGCACGUAGACACGAAGAAGGUCACGCCAGACACGAGCUCGAGCGGAUCACCCACAGCGCGUACCGACGAGAACGUCGUGUACACCGGUAGCAAUGAGCACACAGUCCGCCCUGACGACGCUGUGGAGCACUCGACGAGCCACCCUCUUCACCCGGCGAUAUUCCCGGAGAACUCGGUGGAUCACUUCGCCGGGAGAGCCGACGCGGGCGACGAUCGACACGCCGAAGACAUGUCGCCGUUCUUGCCGGACGUUCACAAGGAGAAGGAAAACGCGAAGAAAGCGCCACGGCUCGAUAAGGACGAACAAAACGCUCCCAAUCCCUUCGAGACUCACAUCGACGACGUCAUAACGCAUCGGCCAUUGAUGCAACACGGUAAUAUGGCCGACGCGAGCCGCGGUGUGAACGAAACCGAAACCAAAGACUUGCUGAACGACGUCAACUCGCAUCCGGCGAGCGACGAGAAGACGGAUCUUGCGAAGAAAAGCGACGAGAGUCCAAAGGUGAACGACGUGGAUGACUUGGGCAAUGGCGCUAAAGAUACCAUGAAGAACAAUUUAGACAUCAGCGAAGUCGCCAACGACACGGAGUCCAAGAUUCCAGGUGACGGUCCUGCAAAAUCGAGCGACGACGCUUCGUCCGCGGAGGAGAAUAACGAAGCGCUAAAAGUGAUACCGCUGAUGGCGGAGAAUAAACCAAUAGACGAGACUUCUCAGACCAGGAAGCAGUCCGCGAGUCAUGAGAUCGCGACGUCGAGCGAGGCCGCUGAAGGCACCACGACUCCUGCGGCCGAGGAGAAGGCAAAGGAAGCAGUCGCAAGUCCCGCAAUGGAAAGUAGCAGCUCGGAGAAGCCAGAAGAGAACGCCGUAGAGGAUCAGUACAACGACAUCACGGACGAGAGCUUGUCGAAGGAGUACCGACACAACGGUGACGUUAAGGACAUCCCGAUAAAAAUCGCGGAGCAGUCGAAGAAAGCCAUCUUGAACGACAUCGAUCGGAUGGAACUGCCCGACAAGACGACCACAUCUGACAACACCACGAAGAAGAGGAACGAGACGGACGAGGAAACCUCUCCAGGUACAACGCAAAGCCCGAUGACUACGACGGAGGGUGUCUCGGACGGACAAAUGGAAGAUGCCAAAUUCACCACGCAGGAACCCGUGUUGCCAAUGGAGAUCCAGCAAGAUAUAUCGACAACGAUGACAAGCGACAAGGUCGAGACCACCACUAUGACCAAUGCUGACAAGUCGGAGGAAAAUAAUACGGAACCGCCGAACGCUUCCCAGUCCGAUGAGAAAGACACGGCGACGACCGUGCAGGUUACAACGACGCAGUCAACAAUGGAGACCAAAACCACAGCUCAAGUCCCGAUCUUGCCCGAGGAGCUGCAAACUACGGAGAGCGAUAUGUUGACGACAACGUCGGCGCGGCCGACGAGCGAAGAGAAGGAAGCGAAGACUGAAAACAAAACGGAGAGCGUUAACGACGAGGAGGAAAACGCGGUGACUCACAGCGUCGAGGAAGAUACCGAUAUGAACACGUCGUCGGAGGCAACCAUGGCGGCGACAAGGGUGUACGAGAAUAACGUGAGCAUAGAGGCCGGCCGGAAGAUAGAGGAAAACAAAGAUGCUAAUGAGCAGAGCAAGUCAACGACCGAGAACUCGAGGGAGAGCGCGAGAACGGAGACCACUCUCGCGAUGUCCACGGAAAAGAGUUCUACUCCAGAAAGGAGUACCACACCGAUGUCCAACGACAUCACCACCACGGAGGACGUUAGACCGGUGACGGAACUGCUGGACGAUACUCAGCCUAUGAUAGAGUUCGAUUACAGAACGCUGUUCAUCACGACUACGCCGAGAGCAAUUCAGCAGAUUUCGGAUGACCUGUCCGAGGAGGAGCUCAAGGUGAUACCGUUGGAGAGGAAUCACGAAAGCAAAAAGAAACCAGUCGACAAGAAGGGCUUUGACAAGUACAAGUAUAAAAAGGAGAAGGACCUGAGCUUGGGAGAGCCCGAAGAAGAGAAUGUGUCGAUGGAGGGUCCCGAGCCAACGUUUCUCUCGCAAACGGAACCGCCGAAGGUGACCAUCGGCGCUUACGAGGAGCUGAGCGACAGCGCAGUGAGCUCAGACCUGGACCCAAGCGUGUCCAGGUAUAUCUUGGCCGACAAAGAGGGCAACAUCCUGCCGAUAUCAAGCAAUCCAGAGAAGAUCUACGAAAGAAACGACGCCGAGAGUAAGGCGUUUACAGAAACGAAGCCCAAGAAUUACCCCAGCUUCAUCCCCGUGUCGGAGGAGAUAAUAGAGCCGGUGCCGGUGACGGAGCCCUACAUAGUCAUGCGGAAUUACACGUACCACCAGCCGGCGGUCACGACGGGCGCUUUCGGAGCGGAAAGCGCGAUUGCGACAAACGAGACGGCGGCCGAAGGUCGCGCGACGGGCGACCCAGAAACCGAUCGCCCGCAAGCCGCCGACGCGAAAGUGAACGACACGGCCAGCCGACCUGUUGCCUUUUCCUCGGAUCACUCGCCGAACGGCGAGGGGGCGGAAGUGGAUGGCGUUGCGAAAGUCUCGUCGACCGUGCGAUACGCGCCGUCAGACGGCCCUCGCAGCAGCGACACCUCGCCACCUGCCCUGCACCUACCCGAUGUGCUCUACUCCAAGUGCACCGCGGGUCAAUUCCAAUGCGCCAACGGCACGUCCCGGGACGGCGCGUACUGCGUCGCGCUGUCCGCCAAGUGCGAUUCCGAAACGGACUGCUCCGAUGGCUCGGACGAGCUGAACUGCCAAGAGCACGGCUGUCCGGGUAACUUCCAGUGCGCCAGCGGACAGUGCCUGAGGAGGCACCUCGUGUGCAACAAGAUCCUGGACUGCGACGAUGGCAGCGACGAGCGCGACUGCGAGCAGUGGAAGUGCCAGCACGACGAAUUCAGGUGUCCCAACGGGAGGUGCAUCCCGGCGCUGUGGCAAUGCGACGGUCGACCCGACUGCGAAGGUCACCAGGACGAGUACAAUUGCGCCGUGAGCUGCGGCAACAACGAGUAUCUCUGCCCAACGGAGAAGUGGUGCAUCCCACAGACGUGGCACUGCAACGGAGUGGCCGAGUGCAUGAACGGAGAGGACGAGAAGCUGUGCGACUGCGCCUUGGAUCAGUUCAAGUGUCUAACCGGAGGGUGCGUUCCUCUGCAUCAGGUCUGCGACGGCAUCGAGAAUUGCCCGGAUCACUCGGAUGAGUGGAGCUGCCUGGUCGCGAAUGUCACCGCGGAGAGGAACUUGACUGACACGGACGUCGACGCUAAAGCGGACAAGGACGAUUUAACCGAUGGCGCGUCGCUGGUGAAGAUCAGGCAAUACGAUGGCGAGAAUCGACUAGUCUGUUCGGACGGAUGGAGCGAGGAAUUCAGCGAUUCUUACUGUCGAGCUUUGGGAUUCGCCGGCGCCGAGACGACUGAGUUAUCAGCGUGGAGCAACAGCCAAAAGAUCCUAAGAUUGAAGACGAAUCCGCAGCUCCGCAAGCCGCUGGUGACGAAUCUAGAACGGGUAGAAUUCUGCGUGUCGGGCAAAGUCGUGCGAAUUUCGUGCCAGGAGUUCUCCUGCGGCUUGCAUUACGCGGAAGUCCCGACUGCGAGAUUAGCCGGUGGGACUCCGGCCAGCGACGGACAAUGGUCCAGCGUGGCCUUGCUGAAGGAGCUGAAACACGGUGCGGCUUGUACAGCCAGUAUACUCGGUCCUAUGCACGCCUUGGCCAGCUAUUCUUGCAUCUACAGAUACAAAGAGAGAAGCGGAUGGGAACUGUUUGCCGGUGGUAAUAUGCUGAAGGUGCACCACGUGAAAAAUAUCAUGCCCUAUCCGCAAGUGAAGUAUAAUCAGUUUCUCUACAACAACGACAUCGCCUUGGUCGAAUUGGAAGAGCCGUUGGUGUUCUCUAGGAACAUCAGUGCCGUUUGCCUGCCCAGACAGCCUAUCCAGCUCAGACAAAUUUGCGUGACGGCAGGGUGGGGAUUCCCUAUGAACGGUGAAAUAGAUCUACAACAAUAUCUCAAAUUCUUGCCUAUUCCGACGUAUGACCCCGACAAAUGCAACGCCACGAGUCACUACGCAGGAUUCAUCACGAAACACGACAUAUGCGCUGGAUUCACUGAUGCCAAUAAGGGACCUUGUUACAACGACGAAGGAGCGCCUCUGAUGUGUGUCAGCGAGUCGCAAGGCGCGUCGGAACGAUGGGAAAUUCAAGGUCUGCUAAGUCAUCACAGUAGAUGCUCAAGAGAUCAUCCGGCGAUCUACUCGAGCUUGGAACCAGCGCUUUCGUGGCUACGCGAAUCAGUGCCAGCUUUGCGAACGCAAAGCUAAAUCGCUAAGCUAUUUUACCAAUUUCUCCUGAGUUUGCGAAACAUCGAAACUUAACCGACGGGAAUUUAAUGCAUCAUUUGAUCUGCGAUGAGUAAACCGAAGGUGCACACGAGUGAAGACACUUGCUGAGUUAUUACAUGCCCGUCGGUCAAGUGUUAAACGAGUGUACUAUACACGGGCAGGCUCCUCUUUGAGAUUUAUAAUUACGCGAUAUGGUAAGAGCGAAACGUCCGAUAAUUAUUACUAAAGUAUCAUUGUCAUUUCGAUUAUUUUUGCCGAUUAACGCAACAACAGCAUAUGGACUUUUUCUUACUUUACAAUCUACCACAUCGAGUAACUAUGAACCAGAGAGUCAUUUUUACGAACAAGAAAUAACGAAAGAAUUUUCACAAAAUAAGAAUUUGGUCUGAAAUCUCUUAUCUUUCUCCGCAAAAUUGCACGAAAAUUAUACACGCACGGACGAUUGUUUCAAAUUUAGACAUUGCUCCUUCAUAUUUCCCAAUUCAAAUGUUCCUAUUAAUAAUGCAAAAAUAAUUUUAAUAAUUCUCGAGCACCAGUGCCGUUGUUAAACAAUAAAAUGGAAAAGAUAAACUUUUAAAUUUCAUAAAAACAUUUUGUCAAGAAUUGUGACGGCAUGUGUAAAGAAAAUCAAAGACGAUGAAAUUAUACCGAUUUAUAAUUAAGUAAUCAUUAUGUAAAUACUGUAUAAAGUAAACU